AUGAAAUCAUUCUCCAGUUCUGCUAUUAAUAAGUCGGGUAAGAAAUUCGCUCCCAAGGCGCCCGCCCGACGCGCCGCUCCCGCCGCAGCACCUCCACGACGACCUAGCGUUGCAUCGCAGACCUCGACUGCUCACACUCCCCAGCCAGCAGCUGCUUCAGCGACCCCAGAGCCGUCUCGUCGCCCCUCCACCAGCGAACCUGCUGCGCAGUCAGUGCCAUCUGCAGUUCAGGAACCUUCAUCUACCCAGAAUAGAAAUGCGACAGUUACCCAAAAAGCAACCGCCACCCCAAUUGCCGUGCCUCAACCAAAACGGAAGGCUUCCUUCUCGGCGACGGCCACCAGUAUCAUCCCAACCCCUCCUCAACCAUCCCCACCCCCGCGCGCAUCCCCGGCCGAGCCGGCACCAGAAACGACCAUCGAUCUACCCAAUAACCAGCGCCAUGAGCGAGAUUCCAUAGACGGUUCGCACAUUGAUGACGAGUCGCACAUACCACCUGGGCUUCACCCAUCGAUCGAAUCCACAACCGAGACGCGACCGACGAAACGUCCGCGCACCGCCUCAGUAACGACCCCCGCGAAUGUGGAGAUUCCACCGCUACAAAAUGCCUCGAAUCUUGUCACCCCGCCGGCAACGCAGGCCAUGGAUGGUCUGACGACUGAGGAGUCAGAUCGGGCGCAAUCACAAAUCCCCCCGGACCAACCGCGAAAGAUGUCGAGGUCCAAAAGUCGGCGGACGUCGAAAGAUGAAAACGGAUCGGGCAAAGAGCGAAAGCGUCGGGUGAGGCGCAAGCGCGAGCCGACCCCAGAGGGUGCAGAGCAGGUGGAGAUAGCGCCGGCGUUGGUAAAAAUGUCAGAGUUGUGCAAAGAUCUAAAAACGGGUAAAAAAUCCACGCGAGAAAUGGAACUACGAAAGAUGGAACAGGAGGAGCUAGAGCGAAAGCAGAAAGCGCAAGAAGAGGGAAAGAAGGAAGAGCCGCCGGUACCGAAACAGAGUGAGGAGAGGGCAUCUAUCGACAAUCUCGACCAGCAGCCUCAAUCGGGGCCACAAAUGCGAAUUGUGAAUGGCGAGAUUGUGCUUGAUACGACUUCACUGCAGGUUGACCGACAUGCGGACGCGGCGCGGAAUGCGGGAGAACUGGAGGAUGUGGUGGAAAACUCGCUCACGCGGCGCAUCAAUCAGGCUUCGUACGGCAAGCGGUCUAAGACCGAAUCCUGGGAUGAAGAGAUGACAGACCUGUUCUACCGUGGUCUGCGGAUGUUUGGGACGGAUUUCAUGAUGAUCAGCAAGCUAUUUCCGGGCCGAUCACGUCGUCAGAUCAAACUGAAGUUCAAUGGCGAAGAGCGUCGCGACCCAGAACGGAUCAGAGAGACAUUAAUGGGACCGCGCGAGACCAUCGAUAUCAACACAUAUUCUGAGAUGACCAACACUGUCUACGACGAUCCCCGGGUGAUCCAACAAGAGCUCGAGGAAGAGAAAAAACGGAUCGAAGACCAGCAUGCGAAAGAGAAACAGGCUCAGGAGGAGCUACUUCGCAAUCCGGAUGGCGCUGAGAAUGGCGAUUCAUCCGCCGCGGAUAAGUCCAACGGUGUUCCUACGAAGAGCAAGCGGAGUAGGAAGCAGCUCAAGAAUAUGGGCGAUGGAACGGAAGAGAUCCUGGGCACGAUUGAUGACUAUUGA